AUGCUCGACACAACCUGCAAACAUUUCCCAGGCAUUCCAAGAGAUCUAAUCACGUUGCAGACCAAUCAACUCAACAUUUGUGGUGGUUACUAUGUGGACAUCACGGCUGAAAUAUGGGAGGAUGUCGUCGACUUGCUUAACGUAGUCGAGGUAACCCGUGCAGAAAUAACGUUGCCCAUCCCACCGUCACCGCUCUAUGCUCAGUGGCCUAUUUCAUCGCUUGACAAUCAACCGGCGCCAAAUCAGUCAAGACCAUACGACAGCACUAGGAACGAUGACAAAAUCACGAUCAAAGUCGUUUUUCCAUCUGGCGAGAUCCGGUCUGCCAAAAUCUCGAGGACGGUACGGGUGGACGAACUCCUUGCCGAGGCUAGUGAUAUAUUGGGACGUCGUACCGCCGAUAUCAAGGCAGUCUGGGAUGGGUCUAUAAUGCGCGAUGACCGGAGUAUCGGAUCGUACAGCAUUGAGGAUGGUGACUCCAUCACUCUUCAGGCGGGGCCAUUGUGUUUUGCCAAGCCAGUCAUUUAUCUACACUCGCCCUCCAAUAUCGACGUCUCUGUCAAGCUCUCCCUCAUUCCGGAGUGGAGCCUCUCUGUAAUCUAUCCCAUUGUUCCCAUGGAUGAGCAUAGACGGCAUUUAGAAUGGAAUGUCCGUACCCAUGAAGAUGGGAGUCUGACUGAACAUAAUUCCGGUCUACACGUGUCUUACUUGUUCUGGGAGGCGAAAACAAAUCUGCAAGCAUUUCCCCAUUCACCAGCAUCCAAAUCGCCACCAGCGGAUACAUUCAAUCCAAUAACCAGCAGUCUCGAUGAUACGGAUUCGAUCGUCAUUCCAGUGGACAGAGUCACUGUUUACCUCGAUAAAUCGCUCAAGGUUUUGGGACUUCACACCGAAGCUCGAACAUCAUUCAUAACCUACUGGCUACCAUCUAUCCUCAAGCAUGAAUAUAUUGCCCUCCGAUUUGUCCCUCAAGCGGCAUACGAACGCGCCGCUUCUUUAAACAUUUCUCCGCAGCCUGACGUCGUGACCCGCGUAUGCAUGUUGUUCAAAGGUAUCUGUAAGGAGCACCUAGCAAAUUGGCCUAAUGCACAAAUGCAAGCAGAGAACGACGUUGCUUGGUGGGUAGACGUAGUUGGAGUUGAUCCUACAAGAGCUGGUGAUGUGACCUUGUUCAGGGUGUUGGAAUGGGGCGGGGUGGAGGUUCUUAUUUGA